AACACCGGUUUGAAAUUAGCGCGAGGGUGGGGGCUUUCCACGAGGCUCACCUGAGCACAAGCAGUUUUGCAGGCAUGAGAAAUCACAGUGAGAGCAACGCUUUUUCACCAUAUGUUAAUGUGAAGAGUGAACAGUAAAUGGUUAAUCUUACUGCGAUCUGGUUCUUAUUAACUGUGGUUUAUCCGGACGUUAAAUUCGGCGUUUCGUUACACCCGAAGGAGAACGUGACAGUGAAAAAGCGGCAUUAUCAGGUGUUUCAAGUGCUGCAAUGUCAGCUCGAUCCGGGAUCAAGUCGAUGGCGCCCAGCGACAAGGGCAGUAGAACGACAUCAAGUAAGUCCGCACAGGCAAGAGCCAAGGCAGAAGCCGCCAAGGUGCGACUGCAUUACGCCAGACAAGAAGCAGUUUUGAAAAUGAAACUGGCCACCAGAGAAGCCGAAAUCCAGAAAGAAGAGGCUGCCAGAGAAGCCGAAAUCCAGAAAGAAAUGGCCGCCAGACAAAGAGAAGAGGCUGCCAGAGAAGCCGAAAUCCAGAAAGAAAGGGCCGCCAGAGAAGCCGAAACCCAGUUGGAAAUGACAAAAAUAUCGACAGAGUUGCAAGUGCUGCAGCUAGAAAGAGAAGAAGCUGCUGCCAUGGCGGAAGCAAAGUACAUAGAAGAAGCUGAAGGGUCGCGUGAUCUGACCGCAGCAAGACCUACUUUAGAAAGGACCAGACUGGAACGCACAAGCGACUAUGUACAAUCUCAAAUAGACAGGCAGGCUCGUCUCCCCUCUCCAUACGUAUUCGAUAACUUCCCCAGCUACGAGGAACCUCAGAGAGUCACGAUUGCAUCACAUCCAUACGAGGAAGGAAAUUUACCCUCACGGCUCCGUGAUGAAGUCAAGAAUGAAAGAACCGACAACGCUCCUUCACCCCCACAACAGGACGGCGGGGAGGGAGAGGUUCACUCCAGGACAACAAUUGUCAGCUCGAACUGUACAGAAGUUUGCGGUCAAACUCAGUCAAGCCGUUCUUGUUCCGAGAUCUGCCUCACUGAGGUGUACCCUAAAGAAUCACAACAAGACAUUACCAAGCGUAAAGUAACCGACGAGACGCUAGGUCAGUCAGUUUUCGUUCAAACCGAGCACGGAAACAAACUUGCACAAUCAGCUCAAGAUACCAUUUCUUUAAAACCCAAAGACACCAAGGUCUUCAGAGAUGAAGCAAAUAAUGGGGUUGCCCCAUUGCCAAUCAGAGAACCACGCCAGCGCUCACCAGAUAACAAAGAGCAGGCAGUCAAACGGUUCACGUCCUUACGGAAAACCUGGAAAAGGAAACCUGAGAUACAGCAACGCACCCGAUUGGCCCACGAGGUACUGUGCACCCUAAUGGCAGAGGUCACAGCCAUUAUAAACGCACAAUCAUUCCUACCUGUGUCUUCUGACCCAGAAAACCCCUUUAUACUUUCGCCAUCAACGCUCCUUAUGCAGAAGGCAGGAGCACCUCCUCCACCAGGAGACUUCUCAGACAAGGAUUUGUACACAAAGCAAUGGAGACAAGUCCAGGCUCUGGCAAAUCAGUUCUGGCCUCGCUGGAGACAAAAAUAUCUACCUUUGUUGCAACAGAGACAAAAGUGGACAGAACCCCGAAGGAAUCUUCAAGUUGAAGACUUAGUCCUGCUCAGGGACAAGCAAGUCGCUCGCAACAGCUGGCCAACGGCCAGAAUCACUGCUACAUUCCCUAGCGAGGAUGGACAUGUCAGGAAGAUCGAAUUGAAGACUACCGACCAAGGCGAUGUGAAAAUUUACCAAGGGCCAGUUACAGAAGUUAUUCUACUUCUACCCAAUGACUGAUUAAGAGACUAAGUUUUGUACUCUGCUCAUUGUGACCUUACGAAGGUCAAGCGGGGAGUGUGCUGUCUUUACGACAGUUAUUUAGUUUAUAAUAUUUUCGCUUAGUAAUUCAUUCAAUAGUAUUUUCUAGUUAGAAUUAGAAGUGUUUAAAGUGUAUUCAUUGCAUGUAAAAUAUAUCGGCAUGCGAUGACGUCACAUCCGGUUUCGCCGCGUCUUGUGGGAAAACACCGGUUUGAAAUUAGCGCGAGGGUGGGGGCUUUCCACGAGGCUCACCUGAGCACAAGCAGUUUUGCAGGCAUGAGAAAUCACAGUGAGAGCAACGCUGUAAGUUAAUAGAUAAUCGAUAUAUUGAACUAAGAUGUUAAUAGUGAUCCUGUUAGAGGUAACGUCGGUAGAUAAUGUUUAUGCUUUCGUUAGUUAAAGAGUCGCGGAUAGUUUGCAUGGAAGUGUAUUUAAAGUAGUCAAUGGAGCAGGUAAACUCUCCCUGUAUACUGCACCUUAGUGUAAUGUAGUUAUAGUCACCUUUGCAAGUAUUUACACUUGAAAUGUGAUAUUAAGGAAGGAACAAAUACUGUAUCAAUCUUGUAUUGUUUUAUCAACAGUUUUCACCAUAUGUUAAUGUGAAGAGUGAACAGUAAAUGGUUAAUCUUACUGCGAUCUGGUUCUUAUUAACUGUGGUUUAUCCGGACGUUAAAUUCGGCGUUUCGUUACACCCGAAGGAG